AUGAACGAGUUUGAAGAUAUUAUUUAUCCAGGUCCAUCACAUGUUACUACAAAUAUUGAAUUUGAAGAUGAAAAUAUUGAAAAUAAUGAAAAUUAUUUAAAUUUGGUUCAAAUUUUAAAAGAAUUGGUUGAUAAUAACUUAAAAGAAGAGAUAGAAUUUAAACCAAUGGUCGGUGGAGUAACAAAUACAUUAUUUAAAUCAUCAUUUAUUACAGGACAAGGUAGUAAUAAGAGUGUUAUUAUAAGAUUAUAUGGUAAAGGAUCAGAACAAUUUAUAGAUAGAAAAACUGAGGCAAACAUUCAAUAUUUAUUAAGUAAGAAUGGAGUUGGUCCAAAAUUUUAUGGUACAUUUGAAAAUGGAUGUAUCUAUGGUUAUGUUGAAGGUGAUCAAUUACAAUUAGAGGAUUUAUAUCAAAAUAAUAUACUCUCAUUAAUUGCAAAAGAAACUGGUAGAUGGCAUUCACUUAAAUUAGAUAUUAAUUCAAAUUCACAAUUAUUAUUAUCUUCAUCAUCUGAUUCGUCUAUUAAAGAAUCAACAACAAUAUCAACAUCAACAUCAACAUCAACAUCAACAUCAUCAACUUCUCCAUCAACUUCUCCAUCAUUAGAAAAUUCAACAUUAUCACCAAGAAAUAUGAAUACACAAACAUCUUCAACAUCAUUAUUUAAAAAUUUAAAUUCAUGGAUAAAUAAUGCAAUGACAUUAACAUCAAAGGAAUCAAAGGGUUCAAUGAUCUCAAAGAUUAAUUUAAACCGUUAUAAAGAGGAAGCAAUGUCUUUAAUGUCCUUCAUUGAAGAACAUUAUAGUGGUGAAGAGUAUAUCAACUUUUGUCAUAACGAUUUAAUACCAAGAAAUAUGAUUUACAAUAAAGAGAAGGGUCAAGUUAAAUUUAUUGAUUUCGAAUAUUCUGGUUACAAUUUUAGAGGUUAUGAUAUUGGUAAUUUCUUUUGUGAAUUCUCUGGUUUAGAUUUAGACUAUACAAAAUAUCCAUCAAUUGAAAUUCAAAAAAGAUUUAUUAAAAAUUAUUUAAUUUCAAUUAAUAAUUGUAAAAAUAUUCAACAAAAACAAAAACAAAAACAACAACAACAACAAAUUCAAAAUAGUAUCAACGAUGAAAAUAUGGAUAUUGAAAAUGAUGAAUUAUUAUAUGAACCAAGUAAAGAAGAAAUUCAUAAUCUUUAUAUCGAAUCAAAUCACUUAACAUUAGGUUCUCAUUUAAUGUGGGGAUUUUGGGGUAUAAUUCAACAUUUCUCUUCUUCAAUCGAUUUUGAUUACAUAGAUUAUGCUAUUAAACGUUUUAAACAAUAUGAUUUAGUUAAAAAUAAAGUUUUAUCUUUAAAAUAA